AUGAACGGCACGGAAGCGAGCACUGACUUCAAUCGAUCCACGCCGAUCUACACUAUAGGCACAAGCUUCAUCGCGCAGUGGAAACUACAAAAAUUUAAACACCGCACGUGUGUCCCGACUUCAACUUAUCCGGAAUGCCAAUACUUGGUAUCCAAUGGUACCAAUGGUACAGACGUAUACCACUACAACAGCACUUUGGAUGGAAGCAUUAGUGGGGAUGGAAUUCUAGAGCCAGUUCUACCACCGUUCCCACUAUGGAUGGCAGUCAUCUUCGCAACAUGCUUAGUGUUAGUCAUACUCCUGACGGUUAGCGGGAACGUCCUCGUACUGUUAGCUUUCCUGGUGGACCGAACGAUACGUCAACCUAGUAACUAUUUCAUCGCUUCCCUUGCUGCUACCGACUUGUUAAUAGGCACUUUAUCGCUUCCUUUCUACACCGAUUACGUUUUGAAAGGCUAUUGGCAUUUAGGUAUUUUUAAAACUGCGUACGACAUGCAAAAGAAAAGUGAAGCCAAGCAAAGAAAGAUGCAGUCGAUGGUUGCAUUAAGCGCUGGGGUAAUGUCUGGCAUGGCGGGAAGAGCUGCUGGCAUGGGAGGCUUGCCAAAGCCAACGAUUUCCAGCGAAGAUCAGGUAAAAGUGUCCGAAUCUGAACAUCAAGAUCCUGUUUCGAAAGGAUCUCUAGCAGCACCUUUACUCAACCUAGGCGGAUCAUCUGAUUCAAAUUCUAGUCAAAAGUCAUCAGCCCAUAAGAGCAGCGCUACUGUUACUGGUACAUCGACAACAGUCGACUCUGAUGGUGACAAGAAAGAAGAACAAGUGGAAGCCGAACGAUCAAGCAGUCCAGCUUUCGAUUCAGAUGACGAAAGCACUACCCAGGCUAAUGUUAAAAAACGACCCUCAGUUGCCAACUUAGUGAUGCAGACAGGCGCUAUGCAAUUAUUGAACAACAUGCGUUUGAAUGGGGGUAUGCUGAUUAAAACGGAUUUGAAACAAUCACCAAUUCUAAAACAUGAACUUGAAAAGCCGAAAUCAUCGCUAUCUCAAAUUUCAGAGAAAAGCCUCCUUGAUAUUGAAUGUCAUGAUACUUUACCGAAUAUAAGAAAAACAAUAGCAUCGAUACCCAUAUCUUCGGCAAGUGUCGUAUCCCCAGACUCUUCAGGACUUGCAACGCCAUCUGAGAGAGAGGUAUCAACUACAAUUGCUCAAAGAAUCAUUCCACCUCCAUCAGAAUUCAGAUGCAGUCCACCAGUAUCUGAAAGUCCACCAUCUCAUUCAGAAUCAUCCCGAAGUAGAGUUCUCAGAUUAGUCAAAGGUGAUGGCAGUAGUUAUGAUGUGCUGGUAGGAAUGGAUGGCGCUGAUUUGAGAUAUAUGGAUGAAAGUUCGGUCAUUGUACCUUCACCUACUAAUGAAAGCCCACCAUUGUCAAUCACCUUUCCAACCGCCACUGAACCAUCAUCUCCUCCGAGCCUUAAUUCGGGUAAUGUAACAAAUACUUCGUUAUUGCAGGCUGCUCUUAUUCGAGCAACAGCUGAAGCUCAAGUAACACAACCUAAAACAAAUUUUUCUCCACCACCACCAGUAAAAGUUAAUACCGAGGUAAGUUUAACCACCGGGGAACGACCUAAGCCCGUGAUAACCCUUGUGUCAUCGUCUUCCAAUAACAACGAACCCUUGCCCCCUCAAGAAUCAGAUAAUAAAGUAGCUUCAGUAAGAUUGGUAGCAGGAAUAAGUCAAGCUAUGGAAAAUAGUGAUGUAUCAAGUCCAGCCGUGAGUGGAUCCGGGCGCAAUGACUCUAAGAAAGAAUUCGUUAAAAAUAUAGGAAAGAAGUUGAAAGUAAAGCGGUCAAAACGUGAGGGUCUAUUUCCAAGUAUUGGACGCCAGAAGUCGAAAUCGGAGAACAGGGCCAGAAAAGCAUUUAGAACUAUAUCGUUUAUACUAGGAGCAUUUGUAGUUUGUUGGACACCAUAUCAUGUUUUAGCUUUAGUAGAAGGGUUUUGUACUGAUCCCCCUUGCAUUAACAAACAUAUUUAUAUGUUCUCAUAUUUUCUGUGCUAUGCUAAUAGUCCGAUUAACCCUUUCUGUUACGCAUUAGCUAACCAGCAGUUCAAAAAGACCUUCACGAGGCUAUUACGGGGGGACUUUCACAUCACC